GUUAAUGGCAGAUGUAAACGCAUCUUCUGCCGGCAUUUUGUGUUUUUGCUGAGGCAUACACACCAUGUAAUUCACCAACUAUUGAAACAAAUUUGUUCAUUUCGAUAAUAUUAAGAUAGUCAUAACAUAUAAUGUAGACGGUUAUUCUUAUUUUGAUGGUUAAACACUUAACCUGAUCGCAGACUCAUAUCCUCUAUGGAGUUCAAUUUCCCUUUGUUUCAAACCUUUUUCACAUUCCUCUUCGUGUUACUAGUAAUCAAAAUCUUGAACCGAUCCAGAACAAAUCAUUCAACUCCCAACCUACCUCCUGGGCCAAGAAAGCUGCCUCUCAUUGGAAACCUUCUUGAUGUUGCAGGUCCACUUCCACAUCAUACUUUGGGGAACUUGGCAAAGAAAUAUGGACCGCUGAUGCACCUACAACUCGGAGAGAAUUCCACCAUCAUCGCCUCGUCAGCAGAAACUGCAAAAGAGGUUAUGAAAACUCAUGAUUUAAACUUUGCUUAUCGUCCUUUCCUUCUUGCUGCACAUAUCAUAGCUUAUAAAUCCACAAAUAUUAUGUUUUCACCAUAUGGAGAAUAUUGGAGACAACUCAGAAGGAUCUGCAAUACCGAGCUUUUAAGUUCAAAACAUGUACAAUCACUUAGACCAAUAAGAGAACAAGAGGUCUCGAAUCUCAUCCACACGAUCUCUAAACAAUCAGGAUCUGUAAUUGAUCUUAGUGAACUUAUUUAUGCAUUAACAUAUGGGAUUACUACAAGAUCAGUGUUUGGAAAGAAGGUGAAGGAUCAAGAAGCACUCAUAUCACUUAUUGGUGAAGCUAUAGAGUCUGCUGGCGGAUUUACUCUUACUGACCUUUAUCCUUCUUCCAAAGUUAUCUCCUUUGUUAGUGGUUUUAGGCCCAAACUAGAAAAGAUUCAUCAGAAAAUUGAUAAGAUGUUCAAUGACAUCAUUCAAGAGCACGAAACUUGUGAAGAUGGAAAAGGAGAUGUGAAUCAUUUGCUUUUAGAUGCUCUUUUGAAUGUCCAGGAGUAUGGCAAUCUUGAAGUUCCGUUGACCAUCGAUAAUAUCAAAGCAAUUAUCUUGGAUGUAUUAGGUGCUGGUAGUGACACGUCAUCAACGGUCAUAGAAUGGGCAAUGUCAGAGCUGCUAAGGAACCCAAGCAUAAUGCACAAGGCCCAAACCGAGGUCAGACAGGUUUUCAGCACAAAAUCAACCAUCGAUGAAACCGACAUCCACUCGUUGCACUUCUUAAAGAUGGUUAUCAAAGAAACCCUAAGAUUACACCCUCCUGCACCAUUGAUGCUGCCAAUGGAAAACCAAGAGAAAUGUGAAAUCAAUGGGUAUGAGAUUCCAGUGAAGACUAAAGUGGUUGUGAAUGUGUGGGCAAUUGGUAGAGAUCCAAAGUAUUGGAAAGAACCGGAGAGCUUUAAUCCAGAAAGAUUUAUUGACAGUUUACUAGAUUAUAGAGGGCUUGAUUUUGAGUAUAUACCGUUUGGUGCUGGAAGGAGAAUAUGCCCAGGCAUAUCUUUUGGAUUAGCCAAUUUGGAGUUGCCACUGGCGUCUUUACUUUAUCAUUUUGACUGGAAAUUAGCAAAUGAGAGCAUGAAAAAUCAAGAUCUUGAUAUGACCGAAUCUUUUGGUGCAACUGUUAAAAGGAAAAGUGUCCUCAAACUUGUACCAUCUGUUGUUCAUCCUCCUGCUUAGGGUGAAGUUCUAUGAUUAGAAUAAGAUAAUUAGUUAUAGUAUAAUUUGUAAUAAGAGAUAAUGUGUGGAUAUGCAUAUGUUGUUUAAAAUUGUGAUUUAUAAAACUAAGUAACCCGCGUUUUGUUGUUUGAAGA